AUGAAGACCUUGAUUUUAAUUAGUACAGUUCUAGCCACGGCAUGGGCUGACCUACCACGCUAUGGAAGUUUUGGAGGAGGAGGAUCAAGCUCUGGUUUUGGAGGAGGUUCAAGCUCUGGUUUUGGAGGUUCAGGGUCUGGAAGAGGAGGUUCAGGCUCAGGAGGAUGCGGUCACGGACAAGUGUUCCAUGCUGGUAGAUGUGUUACUCCACGUGAGAACCGCAAAGUCUACUUGUACAAUGCACCACCCGCACCUCCAGUUCCCCACGGUCCUCCACCAUACAUCCCUGAACCAACCAUUGACACGAAUAUCGUGUUCAUCCAAACACCUGAACAAGCUUCUAGAGCAAAGUAUAGUGACGAAGCGGAUGUUUAUAUGAUAAUGUCUGAAAUCGCCCAACGAAAAUUAGAGUAUCGACCUCAAAUUUUAAUUAGUACAGUUCUAGCCACGGCAUGGGCUGACCUACCACGCUAUGGAAGUUUUGGAGGAGGAGGAUCAAGCUCUGGUUUUGGAGGAGGUUCAAGCUCUGGUUUUGGAGGUUCAGGGUCUGGAAGAGGAGGUUCAGGCUCAGGAGGAUGCGGUCACGGACAAGUGUUCCAUGCUGGUAGAUGUGUUACUCCACGUGAGAACCGCAAAGUCUACUUGUACAAUGCACCACCCGCACCUCCAGUUCCCCACGGUCCUCCACCAUACAUCCCUGAACCAACCAUUGACACGAAUAUCGUGUUCAUCCAAACACCUGAACAAGGUCCAGGACCAGAUCCUAUCGUCAUACCUCCACCACAAACACGAAGCGUUGUCUAUGUUCUUAACAAACAGACACAAGAGCAACAGGAUGUGAUCGAAGUCCCAGCACCUCCAGCAACCAGCCCUGAAGUUUACUUCGUGAACUACGCUGAUGGCGAGAACCCAGUUCUUCCAAGCGGCGUUGAUCUUCAGAGCGCACUAAAUGCAGCUUCCCAAGGGGGCGGUCAAGUGAUUGGAGGAGGCGCCGGAGGCAGUGGUGGCAGCUUCAGGGGUAAUGGAGGAAGCGGUGGUUUCGUAAGCAGCGGAGGAGUUAGUGGUGGUUUUGGAGGCAGUGGAGAAAGUGGUGGUUUCGGAGGCAAUGGAGUUGGAAGUGGAUUUGGAGGCAGUGGAGGAAGUGGUAGAUUUGGAGGCGGUGUUACCAGCGGAGGAUUCGGAGGCGGUGUUAUUAGCGGAGGAUUCGGAGGCGGUGGAGAUAAUGGAGAAAUCAUCGUCAGUGGAGGUGGCGGUGGGUCCAUCAGUGGAGGCUCCCUUUCGAGUCGUUACUCUACACCAUAA